GGCCGUGGCGGAGGGUGCGGAGUCGGCGAGAGGGAGCUGCGCACCGACCCGCAGGUCCAUGUUGGCUGUUCUGGAUUUUUGGUAACUGUUUUGUCAAAGACCAGCUGCUCAUUCCAGCUAAAUGUACGUGCCUCCCGAGCAGCCGCUCAUGCAUAUUUAAACAGGUUCUGCGAAGCAGUUGUCUGGAGAAGGGAACGUGUUGGGUGGGGGAAGCAACCAAAAAGCCCCACUCUGCCUGAAAGAGGUUCUGCAUUCCUCCAUCAUGUUGUCAUCGUUUCGUAAAGUCAAAGUCCAGAAAAUGGAUCCCAGUGGUGUAAAGGUGCUGGAAACAGCAGAAGACAUCCAGGAGAGGCGUCAGCAGGUUCUGGACCGUUACCACAGGUUCAAGGAGCUGUCCUCUCUGCGACGCCAGAAGCUUGAGGACUCUUAUCGCUUCCAGUUCUUCCAGCGUGAUGCAGAUGAGCUGGAAAAAUGGAUCCAGGAGAAGCUGCAGAUAGCAUCUGAUGAAAAUUACAAAGACCCAAGCAACCUGCAGGGUAAGCUGCAGAAGCACCAAGCCUUUGAAGCUGAGGUGCAGGCCAAUUCUGGGGCUAUCGUUAAGCUGGAUGAGACUGGAAAUCAGAUGAUUAAUGAAAGUCAUUUUGCAUCUGAAACCAUACGAUCUUUCACGCCCUACCGGACAGCGCAGCGCCCGAUAGUAACGGCCAAGCAAGUCGGGUCCCACGUACGAACUCGGCUGCAGGAGCUGCAUCGACUGUGGGAGCUGCUGCUGGAAAAGAUGAGGGAGAAGGGAGUCAAACUGCUGCAGGCACAGAAGCUGGUGCAAUUCUUACGGGAGUGUGAGGAUGUCUUGGACUGGAUCAAUGACAAGGAAGCAAUAGUGACCUCAGAAGAGCUUGGGCAGGACUUGGAACAUGUUGAGGUUUUGCAAAAGAAGUUCGAAGAGUUCCAGACAGACCUUGCAGCUCAUGAGGAAAGAGUAAAUGAAGUGAACCAAUUUGCUGGCAAACUUAUCCAGGAGCUACACCCUGAAGAGGAACUGAUCAAGUCCAAACAGGAUGAAGUAAAUGCAAGUUGGCAGCGUCUGAAGGGGCUUGCCCUGCAGAGGCAAGGAAAGCUCUUUGGGGCAGCUGAAGUUCAACGCUUCAACAGGGAUGUGGAUGAAACAAUCAGCUGGAUCAAGGAGAAAGGGCAGUUGAUGGCCUCGGAUGAUUUUGGCAGAGACCUGGCCAGCGUCCAGGCUUUGUUGCGCAAGCACGAAGGACUGGAGAGAGAUCUUGCAGCCCUGGAAGACAAGGUGAAGGCCCUGUGUGCUGAAGCUGACCGUCUGCAGCAGUCCCACCCCAUCAAUGCAUCUCAGAUCCAAGUGAAGCGCGAGGAACUGAUUGCCAGCUGGGAGCAGAUCCGCACCCUGGCCGCAGAGCGCCAUGCUCGCCUCAACGACUCCUACAGGCUGCAGCGCUUUCUGGCAGACUUCCGAGACCUCACCAGUUGGGUGACUGAGAUGAAGGCUCUGAUUAAUGCUGAUGAGCUUGCCAACGAUGUGGCUGGAGCAGAAGCCCUUCUAGAUAGGCAUCAGGAGCACAAGGGAGAAAUUGAUGCCCAUGAAGAUAGCUUCAAAUCUGCUGAUGAGUCUGGCCAGGCUCUGCUUGCUGCUGGGCACUAUGCUUCUGAUGAAGUUAAAGAAAAGCUGACCAUCCUCUCAGACGAGAGGUCUGCUCUGCUGGAGCUGUGGGAGCUUCGCAGGCAGCAGUACGAGCAGUGCAUGGACCUGCAGCUCUUCUACAGAGACACUGAACAAGUUGACAACUGGAUGAGCAAACAGGAGGCAUUUUUGCUGAAUGAAGACCUUGGUGACUCCCUGGAUAGUGUGGAGGCUCUUUUAAAGAAGCAUGAAGACUUUGAGAAAUCCCUCAGUGCCCAAGAGGAGAAAAUCACCGCAUUAGAUGAGUUUGCUACAAAGUUGAUUCAGAACAACCACUACGCCAUGGAUGAUGUUGCUACACGCAGAGAUGCUCUGCUGAGCCGCCGCAACGCCCUGCACGAGCGUGCCAUGCGCCGCCGCGCACAGCUGGCAGACUCCUUCCACCUGCAGCAGUUCUUCCGUGACUCUGACGAGCUCAAGAGCUGGGUGAACGAGAAGAUGAAGACUGCAACGGAUGAGGCAUACAAGGAUCCCUCCAACUUGCAAGGCAAGGUUCAGAAGCAUCAGGCUUUUGAGGCAGAGCUUUCUGCUAACCAGAGCCGCAUCGAUGCCCUGGAGAAGGCUGGCCAGAAGCUGAUUGAUGUCAACCACUAUGCCUCAGAUGAGGUGGCAGCUCGCAUGAAUGAAGUGAUCAGCUUGUGGAAGAAGCUUCUGGAGGCCACUGAGCUCAAAGGUAUAAAACUGCGUGAGGCCAAUCAACAGCAGCAGUUCAACCGCAACGUGGAAGACAUUGAGCUGUGGCUGUAUGAGGUAGAGGGACACUUGGCCUCUGAUGACUAUGGAAAAGACCUUACUAGUGUUCAGAAUCUUCAGAAGAAACAUGCCCUGCUAGAGGCAGAUGUGGCUGCCCAUCAGGAUCGCAUCGAUGGCAUCACCAUCCAGGCACGCCAGUUCCAGGAUGCUGGGCACUUUGAUGCUGACAACAUCAAGAAGAAGCAGGAGGCCCUGGUUGCUCGUUACGAGGCACUGAAGGAUCCCAUGGUGGCUCGCAAGCAGAAGCUCGCCGAUUCCCUUCGCCUGCAGCAGCUCUUCCGGGACAUCGAGGACGAGGAGACCUGGAUCAGAGAAAAAGAGCCCAUAGCAGCCUCAACGAACAGAGGCAAGGAUUUAAUUGGUGUCCAGAACCUGCUGAAGAAGCACCAGGCUCUGCAGGCAGAAAUUGCAGGCCAUGAGCCCCGCAUUAAAGCAGUCACCCAGAAGGGGAACGCCAUGGUGGAGGAGGGACAUUUUGCAGCUGAGGAUGUGAAAAUCAAACUGAAUGAGCUGAACCAGAAGUGGGACUCUCUGAAAGCAAAAGCCUCUCAGCGGCGACAGGACCUAGAGGAUUCCCUGCAAGCUCAGCAGUACUUUGCUGAUGCUAAUGAGGCAGAGUCCUGGAUGAGGGAGAAGGAGCCCAUUGUAGGCAGCACAGACUAUGGAAAAGAUGAAGACUCUGCUGAGGCGCUACUGAAGAAACACGAAGCACUGAUGUCCGACCUCUCUGCUUAUGGCAGCAGCAUCCAGGCGCUGAGGGAGCAGGCCCAGUCCUGCAGGCAACAAGUUGCUCCCACAGAUGAUGAAACUGGAAAGGAGCUGGUCCUGGCUCUCUAUGACUACCAGGAGAAGAGUCCCCGGGAGGUGACGAUGAAGAAGGGAGAUAUCCUCACCUUACUCAACAGCACCAAUAAGGACUGGUGGAAAGUUGAAGUCAAUGACCGUCAGGGCUUCGUGCCAGCUGCCUAUGUGAAGAAGCUGGACCCUGCCCAGUCUGCGUCCCGUGAGAACCUGCUGGAGGAGCAGGGCAGCAUCGCGCUGCGCCAGGAGCAGAUUGACAACCAAUACCACUCCCUCCUGGAGCUGGGAGAGAAGCGCAAGGCCAUGCUGGAGAAGAGCUGCAAGAAGUUCAUGCUGUUCCGGGAGGCCAAUGAGCUGCAGCAGUGGAUCAAUGAGAAGGAGGCUGCCCUCACCAGUGAGGAAGUGGGGGCUGACCUGGAGCAAGUGGAGGUGCUGCAGAAGAAAUUUGAUGACUUUCAGAAGGAUCUGAAAGCCAACGAGUCACGGCUGAAGGACAUCAACAAGGUUGCCAAUGACCUGGAGUCGGAAGGGUUGAUGGCAGAUGAAGUGCAAGCAGUACAGCAACAGGAAGUCUAUGGAAUGAUGCCCAGGGAUGAACCUGAUUCUAAGACAGCCUCUCCUUGGAAGUCUGCGCGGCUGAUGGUGCACUCAGUGGCAACCUUUAACUCAAUCAAGGAGCUGAAUGAACGCUGGAGAUCGCUGCAGCAGUUAGCAGAGGAGCGAAGCCAGCUCCUGGGCAGUGCCCAUGAAGUGCAGAGGUUCCACAGAGAUGCUGAUGAAACAAAAGAAUGGAUAGAGGAGAAGAAUCAGGCCCUAAAUACAGACAACUAUGGACAUGACCUGGCCAGCGUGCAGGCUCUGCAGCGCAAACAUGAAGGCUUUGAGAGAGACCUGGCGGCUCUUGGAGACAAGGUGAAUUCUCUUGGUGAGACUGCCCAGCGCCUGAUCCAGUCACACCCAGAGUCUGCUGAGGACCUGCAGGAGAAGUGCACGGAGCUGAACCAGGCCUGGAGCAGCCUGGGCAAGAGAGCUGACGAGCGCAAGGAGAAGCUGGGAGACUCACACGACCUGCAGCGCUUCCUCAGUGACUUCAGGGACCUCAUGUCUUGGAUCAACGGAAUCCGGGGCCUGGUCUCCUCGGAUGAGCUUGCGAAGGAUGUGACUGGAGCUGAGGCUUUACUGGAAAGGCACCAGGAGCACCGCACUGAAAUAGAUGCAAGGGCUGGCACUUUCCAGACAUUUGAGCAGUUUGGGCAGCAGCUCCUCGCCCGUGGGCACUAUGCCAGCCCUGAGAUCAAGGAUAAGCUGGACAUCCUGGAUCAAGAGCGAACAGACCUAGAGAAGGCCUGGGUCCAGCGCAGGAUGAUGCUAGACCAGUGCCUAGAGCUGCAGCUGUUUCAUCGAGACUGUGAACAAGCUGAAAACUGGAUGGCAGCCCGAGAGGCUUUCCUGAACACAGAAGACAAAGGAGACUCCUUGGACAGUGUGGAGGCACUCAUCAAGAAGCAUGAGGACUUUGAUAAGGCAAUCAAUGUCCAGGAAGAGAAAAUUGCUGUCCUGCAGUCGUUUGCUGACCAGCUGAUCUCUGCUGAUCACUAUGCAAAGGGAGUCAUUGCCAGCAGGCGGAAUGAGGUUCUGGACAGGUGGCUCCGUCUGAAGGCUCAGAUGAUUGAGAAGAGAUCCAAGCUGGGAGAAUCCCAGACACUCCAGCAGUUCAGUCGUGAUGUGGAUGAAAUAGAAGCUUGGAUCAGUGAGAAGCUCCAAACUGCCAGUGAUGAGUCCUAUAAGGACCCCACAAAUAUCCAGAGCAAGCACCAAAAGCACCAAGCCUUCGAGGCGGAGCUGCACGCCAACGCUGAGCGCAUCCGUGGCGUCAUCGACAUGGGGAACUCCCUGAUCCAGAGGGGCGCCUGCGCUGGCAGCGAGGAUGCCGUCAAGGCUCGGCUGGCUGCCCUGGCUGACCAGUGGCAGUUCCUGGUGCAGAAGUCAGCAGAGAAGAGUCAGAAACUGAAAGAAGCAAACAAGCAACAGAACUUCAAUACCGGGAUCAAGGACUUUGAUUUCUGGCUCUCAGAGGUGGAGGCUUUGUUGGCAUCUGAAGAUUAUGGGAAAGACUUGGCAUCAGUUAACAACCUUCUGAAGAAGCACCAGCUGCUGGAGGCUGACAUAUCAGCUCAUGAGGACCGCCUAAAGGACCUGAACAGCCAAGCUGACAGCUUGAUGACCAGCAGUGCCUUCGACACCUCGCAAGUGAAGGACAAGCGUGAGGCCAUCAAUGGUCGCUUCCAGCGCAUCAAGGGCAUGGCUGCGGCACGCAGGGCGAAGCUCAACGAGUCCCACCGCCUGCACCAGUUCUUCAGGGACAUGGAUGAUGAGGAGUCCUGGAUCAAAGAGAAGAAGCUGCUGGUUAGCUCCGAGGACUACGGCAGAGACCUGACCGGGGUGCAGAACCUCAGGAAGAAGCACAAGCGCUUGGAAGCAGAGCUGGCUGCCCACGAGCCUGCCAUCCAGGGUGUUCUGGACACUGGCAAGAAGCUAUCAGAUGACAACACAAUUGGGAAGGAGGAGAUCCAGCAGAGGCUGUCUCAGUUUGUGGAUCACUGGAAGGAGCUGAAGCAGCUGGCAGCUGCUAGGGGACAGCGUCUGGAGGAGUCUCUGGAGUACCAGCAGUUUGUAGCAAAUGUUGAGGAAGAAGAAGCCUGGAUCAAUGAAAAGAUGACACUGGUGGCCAGUGAGGAUUAUGGGGACACCCUUGCAGCCAUCCAGGGCCUGCUGAAGAAGCACGAAGCCUUCGAGACUGAUUUCACUGUGCACAAGGACAGGGUGAACGACGUCUGUGCCAACGGGGAGGAGCUCAUCAAAAAGAACAAUCACCAUGAGGAGAACAUCACUGCCAAGAUGAUGGGUCUCAGAGGGAAGGUGUCAGAUCUGGAGAAAGCAGCAGCUCAGAGGAAAGCCAAACUGGAUGAGAAUUCUGCCUUCCUCCAGUUCAACUGGAAAGCAGAUGUGGUGGAGUCAUGGAUAGGUGAGAAGGAGAACAGCCUGAAGACAGACGACUACGGGCGUGACCUCUCCUCUGUGCAGACACUGCUCACCAAGCAGGAAACUUUUGAUGCUGGGCUUCAGGCCUUCCAGCAGGAGGGAAUUGCAAACAUCACUGCUCUGAAGGACCAGCUUCUGGCAGCCAAACACAUCCAGUCAAAGGCCAUUGAGGCUCGGCAUGCAGCACUGAUGAAGCGCUGGAACCAGCUGCUUGCCAACUCUGCUGCCAGGAAAAAGAAACUCUUGGAAGCUCAGGAGCACUUCAGAAAGGUGGAGGAUCUGUUCCUGACUUUUGCAAAGAAGGCAUCAGCCUUUAACAGUUGGUUCGAGAAUGCUGAGGAGGAUUUGACUGACCCUGUGCGCUGCAACUCACUGGAAGAGAUCAAAGCACUGCGGGAAGCUCAUGAUGCCUUCCGUUCCUCCCUGAGCUCUGCCCAGGCUGACUUCAACCAGCUGGCAGAGCUGGAUCGCCAGAUCAAGAGCUUCCGGGUGGCCUCCAACCCUUACACAUGGUUUACUAUGGAGGCUCUCGAAGAAACCUGGAGGAACCUGCAGAAAAUUAUCAAGGAGCGGGAGCUGGAGCUGCAGAAGGAGCAGCGAAGGCAGGAGGAAAAUGACAAACUGCGGCAGGAGUUUGCCCAGCACGCCAACGCCUUCCACCAGUGGAUCCAGGAGACCAGGACUUACCUGCUAGAUGGGUCCUGUAUGGUAGAGGAGUCAGGAACUCUGGAGUCACAGCUGGAAGCUACCAAACGCAAGCACCAGGAGAUCCGAGCGAUGCGCAGCCAGCUGAAGAAGAUUGAGGACCUUGGAGCUGCCAUGGAAGAGGCUCUCAUCCUGGACAACAAAUACACUGAGCACAGCACUGUGGGGCUGGCACAGCAGUGGGACCAGCUGGACCAGCUGGGGAUGAGGAUGCAGCACAACCUGGAGCAGCAGAUCCAGGCUCGAAACACGACUGGAGUCACAGAGGAGGCCCUGAAGGAGUUCAGCAUGAUGUUCAAGCACUUUGACAAGGACAAGUCUGGGCGACUCAACCACCAGGAGUUCAAGUCUUGCUUGCGCUCCCUCGGCUAUGACCUGCCUAUGGUUGAAGAAGGGGAGCCAGACCCUGAGUUUGAGUCCAUUCUUGACACCGUAGAUCCCAACAGGGAUGGGCACGUCUCGCUGCAGGAGUAUAUGGCCUUCAUGAUCAGCAGGGAAACCGAGAACGUCAAGUCCAGUGAGGAGAUCGAGAGCGCCUUCCGCGCCCUCAGCUCCGAGGGGAAGCCCUACGUGACCAAGGAGGAGCUCUACCAGAACCUGACCAGGGAGCAGGCUGACUAUUGCAUUUCCCACAUGAAGCCCUAUAUGGACGGCAAGGGCAGGGAGCUGCCCUCUGCCUAUGACUACGUUGAGUUCACACGCUCGCUCUUCGUGAACUGACUGCACCCAGUGCCAGGAAGGGCAAGGAACAGGCUCCCCUCUGACUGCAGCUCUGCAUGUGUCUGUGCGCUCUACAGUAAUCUAUGGUACUUCAUGAUGUAACCUUAAACUGCUUAGCUUGAAACUUUGGGAAAACAAAUACCUUGCAGUGUGCUUCAAUAAAGUUCCUGGUUGA